AUGACGGCAAAAAAAAGUGACAUUCAACGAUUGAUUGAAUGUUGUAUUUGUUGUGAUUACCUUACUGAUGUACGUGAAACUCCUUGUUGUCAUCAAUUAUUUUGUAAUACAUGUAUUCAAUCAUGGCUUAAAAAACCAACAAAAAAUUGUCCACGAUGUAGAUCAACAACAUUAACAGAACAAAGUUUAUUGAAAAAUGUUGUUGUGCAACGUUUUGUUGACAAUCUUCAAUUUCCAUGUCCUUAUGCAUUGCAAGGUUGUUCUGCAGAAAUUGCAAGAUGUGAUUUAUUAAAACAUAAACGUUUAUGUUCUUAUUCACCUGACAAACUUGCUAAUAAGCAUCGAUUAAAAUUGGAAGAAUCACGAAAUUUAUUAUUAAGAUAUAAAGAAGGAAAAACACAUAUAACUGAUAAUGCUUUAUUUGAUUUAGCAAAAUUAUUUCAUACAGAACAUGAUUAUGAUAAUGCAAAAGAAUGUUUACAAAUGAUUAAAGAUCAAGAUAAUUUACAAGAAAUUAUUAUACUUCAAGCACAAAUCGAACGAGAUACAAAUCAAUAUGAUAAAGCUUUAGAAUUAUAUACUAAAGCUUAUUCUUUAUCUAAUUCUAGUUCACAACGUAUUGAAUUACUUACAGCUAAAGGAUAUUUAUUAUUAAAAAAAGCUCAAUAUGAACAAGCGAAAGAUGUUUUUACACAAGCAUUUGAUCUCUUACGAUCAGAUGAUGAAUCACCAACCAAAGUUGAACUUCUUAAUGCACUCGGACUAAUUGCUAAAAAAUGUUCUGAUACGAUGGGAAAUCAUCAAACAAAUUCCAAACGUCAACAUCGUCCAAGUGAAUGUGUUGGUUUUAAUAAACAUGACACUGAUAAUGAGCGUUUAGUUACAAUUCAACAAAGAGAACGACGAAUUUCGACUAAAAGUGCACCACCACUUGAUGAAUUCGAUAUAAAAAUGCAUCAUAUUGAUUCUUCAUCGAUUACUUUCUCGAUACCUGUUUUACCUUUUGAUGUAUAUGCAAGUGUUACUGGUACUUUUACGGAUUGGAUUGAACGUAAAAUGACUAAAUUAAAUGGUGAAUUUAAAAUAUGUAUUCAAAUACUACAUGGUUGUCAUUAUUAUAGAAUUUUAGUUAAUGGACGAGAGACAAUUGAAUGUCAUACAAAUUUUGGUCGUGUACAUUUUAUUUAUGUAAAUACAAAUGAUCAAAAUGUAAAUAAUUGUUUAGACCAAACAGUUUUAUCUCUUCAUAAAUUGAAUAUAUGGACACAAGAAGUAAAUAAUCAAUUUAUAAAAAGUGAUCAGCCACCGCCACCUCAUAUUCCACCGCAUCUACUCAAUAUUCUUCUCAAUCAAAAAUUACCUGCUCAUUGUGAUCCUGAUGUCCUUCCGGAACCAAAUACUGUCAUGCUUCGACAUUUAUAUGCUUUGUCAAUUCAAAAUGGUAUUAUGAUAUUAAGUACAACUAUUCGAUAUAAACAAAAAUUUGUUACAACAUGUUUCUAUAAGCCAAAUUAA